AUGGAUGGGUCGAGGGGUUUGGAUUUCUUACUGAUCAGCGUCAGAGACCCCAAUUAUGGCGCUACCGGCUGGCAGGGCACCUUGUUCGUCUUCGCCAUGAUCCUGGUCGCUUAUUACUUCAACGUGUACGCAUCGGGUCUCAUGGCUCGCAUGCAGAAUCUCCUGCUCGCUACUCAUGUGCUCUGCUGGGUCCUGAUCGUAGUUUCGCUCUGGGUGUUGGCUCCGCGGCAGUCGGCCGAGGCGGUUUUCACCAAAUUCGAGAACUUCGGUGGGUUCUCGUCCAUGCGUUUAACGGUGAUGGUGGGCCAACUGUCAGCUAUAUAUGGCUGUCUGAGCUCGGACGCAACAGCCCACAUGUCGGGAGAAAUCAAAGACGCCGGCCGCUACGUGCCCAUCGCAAUCACAUGGUCAUAUUUCGCCAAUGCAAUCAUGGCGUUGAUCGUGCUGAUCACGAUGCUCUUUGCGAUCCCUUCUGUGGAAGAUGCCCUCAACGACGAGUCCGGCUAUCCUCUGAUCUAUGUCGUCAAGCAGGCCCCCGAUACUUCGGGGGUACCAUUGCACUCUCGAGAACCAGUCUAG